UGCUGUAAUCCGUUAGAAUUACACAUUUUGUGAAUGAUUUUUCUAAAGCAUAAUUAAACUCGCAAUGAUUCGCGAAAUACCACGGCUCACUCGCGCUUUGCGAGCUUUUACGGAUCUCGACCGAGAAGUCAACAACAGAGAGUCUAAUGACUUGAACGCCAAAAGACAAGAGCUGACUACGAAGUUUAAGAGAGAUUUAAAUUGGAAUGAAAUAUGCAAAGAAGUACCAAAAGAUGUAAUAGGAGAAUUAAAUAAAAUUCAUCGAAUCCUGGCUCAACUGUGUGCUGGUCAGGGAGUUGAAGUAAUUAAUGAAAUAUCCGUUUAUGUAUUGAAACUUUUGAUACAAGAAAAGGUUGUAAGUCAUAAAACUACAAAAGAAUUGAAGCAGUUGCUUGGUACUGUUGACCAAAAUUGUAUCAACAAUUUAACGCAGAUUGUUUCUGAUAUUCGACAAAAAGUGUCAGAAGAGAAACUAGAGUUACUUUUAAAUCUAUGCAAUAAUAAAGAAGAUGACGAUCUUAAAUCAGAACCAUUUGGCCAAAAAAUUCCAUAUCAGUCAGCAACAGUUUCUUGGCCAAACACUGAUAUUCUUCAUGAUAUGAAUUCACAACAUGCAAAUAAUAUAGCGGAUAAAUUUGAACAGCUAAUGAAAAUAUCUAGUCAUGUUGAGACAACAGUAUUAAAAACUGAGUUUGAUAAACAACAGUUCAAUAGAAACAUGAAAAGAGCAUUUGAUAAGUACCAAGCAGCUAUGUCAUAUGAUGAAUUCAUGAAUAUUGUCAUUAACAAAAUGAAAGAUAUAAAUUCUGCACAAAGUGAAUUAUUUGAUUUACUAGGAUAUGAACAUAUAGAAUUCAUUAAAUAUCUUAUUGAACAUCACAAACAAAUAUUAGCAUGGCAAAGCAAUCAAAAGUUGAACAAAAGUUUUGCAUCUAUGGAAAAACAGCCACAAAUAUCAUCACAGGUAAUAGUACAAUCAGAAAAAGAAAAGCAAUUAAUGAAACAAGUGCGCAAAGAAGAGAAAAAGCUUCAAAAAGUCAUAAGUAAGAUGGGCAUUGAUGAUGAAGAAGAUGAGGAAAUAUUCAAUCCUAUAGAAUUACGUUUAAAAAGACAAGAAGCUUUGACUGCAAAAGCUCAACCUUUAUUUAAAAAAAAUAGAGUAGGCAUAUCUACAACUCUACAAGAAAAAUAUCCAUUUGUCUUUGAUUCAAAAUUGAAUGUCAAGGCUAGUACAGGUUUUAUUUCUGGGAAAAGAAUUAUUUUACCAGAAAACGUGAAAAGAACUGACUCUCAACUUUGUGAGCAAGUGGACAUUCCUGUUCCAGAUUUAGAUCCUCUCACAGUUGGAAAUAAUCGUGUUCAAAUAUCAUCAUUAGACGAAAUCGGUCAAAUGGCUUUUAAAGGAGUAGAAUCAUUAAAUAGAAUACAAAGUAUAGUUUUUGAUGCCGCUUACCAUACUAAUGAAAAUUUACUUAUCUGUGCACCAACUGGUGCUGGAAAAACCAAUGUAGCUUUAUUAAGCAUAGUUCAUCAAAUCAAACUACAUAUCGACAAUGGUAUUCUAAAAACUAAUGACUUUAAAAUUGUGUACAUAGCACCGAUGAAAGCUCUAGCAGCAGAAAUGACUGCCAAUUUUAACAAAAGACUAAGCAACUUAGGAAUAGCUGUACGUGAAUUGACUGGUGAUAUGCAGUUAACAAAAGCUGAAAUUCAACAAACUCAAAUGAUUGUUACCACACCGGAAAAAUGGGAUGUUGUUACACGUAAAGGCACAGGCGAUGUUGCAUUAACGAGGAUAGUUAGGCUUUUAAUUAUUGAUGAAGUUCACUUACUUCACGGAGAUCGAGGCCCUGUUGUUGAAGCUUUAGUUGCAAGAACUUUAAGACAGGUUGAAUCAUCACAAAGUAUGAUAAGAAUAGUUGGUCUCUCUGCCACUUUGCCAAAUUACGUCGAUGUUGCAAGAUUCUUAAGAGUAAACCCGUAUAAAGGUCUUUUCUAUUUUGAUCAUCGUUUCCGUCCAGUGCCCUUAAGUCAAACGUUUAUCGGCGUAAAAGCAAUCAAACCGAUGCAACAAAUGAGUGAUAUGGAUACUGUAUGUUAUAAUCAAGUAGUCGACAUGGUUCGAAAGGGACACCAGGUGAUGGUAUUCGUGCACGCACGAAAUGCAACAAUUCGGACAGCAAAUUCUCUGAAAGAAAUGGCUUUGAAUAAUGGAACUCACCAGUUCUUUUUGUCUGACGAGAGUAUAAAGUUAGCACAAAGAGCUUUCAGUAGAUCUCCCAACAAGUAUCUUCCAGAACUAUUCCAACAUGGUUUGUCCGUUCAUCAUGCUGGUAUGCUUCGUACUGAUAGAAAUUUGGUUGAAAAGUACUUUGGUGAGGGUCUUAUAAAAGUACUUGUCUGUACUUCGACUCUUGCAUGGGGUGUUAACUUACCGGCUCACGCUGUCAUCAUUCGAGGAACGGAAAUCUAUGAUUCGAAACAUGGUUCUUUUAUAGACUUAGGUAUUCUGGACGUUCUACAGAUUUUCGGUCGAGCGGGUCGGCCGCAAUUUGAUACGUCAGGACAUGCUGUCAUCAUCACAUCACACGAUAAAUUGUCACACUAUUUAUCCCUAUUAACAAAUCAAUUUCCUAUCGAGAGUAGCUUUAUUAGAUAUCUUGCCGAUAAUUUGAAUGCUGAGGUUGUUCUGGGCACAAUAUCGAAUGUGGAAGAAGCGGUUAUGUGGUUGAGUUAUACAUAUCUUUUUGUACGAAUGAGACUUAAUCAUCUUGCCUACGGAAUAGAUUAUCAAACAAUAGUUGAUGAUUCAAAUUUGGAACGAAAGCGAAAAGAAUUGAUACAUACUGCAGCUAUGGCUCUGGACAAGGCCAGAAUGAUUCGGUAUAAUACGAGUACAGGAGAUUUGAAUGCCACUGACUUGGGCAGAACAGCAAGUCACUUUUACUUGAAGUACGAUACAAUUGAGAUUUUUAACGAGUUAAUGAAGCCGAUUAUGACGGAUGCUGAUAUUUUGGGUAUGAUAUCGCGUUCACAGGAGUUCGAACAGCUGAAAGUUAGGGAAGACGAAAUGGAUGAAUUAGAUAAUUUGCAAGCGGACUACUGCGAAGUUAUUCCACAAGGUGGAAAGGAAAAUAUUCACGGUAAAGUUAAUAUUUUGAUUCAAACUUAUCUUUCAAGAGGACGCGUAGGGUCAUUCUCACUGUUAUCAGAUCAGGCAUUUAUUACUCAAAAUGCAAUUCGUAUAUGUAGAGCAUUGUUCGAUAUGAUGCUCCGUAAAAACAAUGCGAUUAUGACUGGUCGAGUUCUCAACAUGGCAAAAAUGUUGGAAUUGCAACAGUGGGAUUGUAUGAGUCCAUUGCGUCAGUUUUAUUGUUUACCUAGUGAAGUAAUUGCCAGAAUCGAAGAACGAGAUCUUACAGUUGAGAAGCUGCGAGAAAUGGAUGUGAAAGAGAUCGGAAAUUUUUUGAGAAAUCAAAAAUACGCAGCUCUCGUGAAAAAAUGCUGCGACGAGUUUCCAGCUCUCGAUUUCGAUGUCACAUUACAGCCUAUAACACGCACAGUUCUUCGCAUUCGUUUGCAAGUUAUUCCUGAAUUCAAAUGGAAUGAUAAAGUUCAUGGGAAAAAUGCUGAAGCAUUUUGGUUGUGGAUCGAGGAUCCGGACAGUAAUUAUAUAUAUCAUUAUGAAUACGUACAGUUGACAAAAAAACAAGUCAUCACAGCGAACGGACAGGACCUUGUAAUGACCAUUCCGUUGAGCGAACCAUUACCAAAUCAAUACUUUGUGAGAGCUAUCAGUGAUCAUUGGUUAGGUUGUGAAUUCAUGCAAUCUUUAAGACUUUUUGAUCUAAUAUUACCAGAAUCUCAUCCGCCUCACACAGAUCUUUUGGAACUGCAGCCUUUACCCAUUACAGCUCUGAAAGCAACUGAAUUUCAAAAACUCUACAAAUUCACUCAUUUCAAUCCUAUACAGACUCAAAUAUUUCACUGCCUAUAUCACACAGACCAUAAUGUUCUUCUGGGAGCACCGACUGGUUCGGGUAAAACUAUUGCUGCUGAAAUUGCUAUUAUGAGAGUUUUUAAAACUGAGCCUGAUAGAAAAGUUGUAUAUAUUGCACCUUUGAAAGCUUUGGUAAGAGAACGAAUGAAAGAUUGGACCAAACGUUUAGGAGAAAUUUUGGGAAAAAGCGUUGUAGAAUUAACAGGCGAUAUAACACCUGAUAUCAAAGUAAUUUCCACAUCCGACGUUAUUGUUACCACGCCUGAAAAGUGGGAUAGUAUCAGUAGAAGUUGGCAAACGAGAAAUUAUGUGCAAAAAGUAGCGUUAAUUAUUAUUGAUGAGAUUCAUCUGUUGGGUGAAGAUCGAGGACCCGUAUUGGAAGUCAUCGUGUCGAGAACCAACUUUAUUGCAUCACACACAUCAAAAACUUUAAGAAUCAUAGGAUUGUCUACGGCUUUGGCGAAUGCUGUCGAUUUGGGCCACUGGCUUGGAAUAAAAAGGAUGGGUCUCUACAAUUUUCGUCCAUCGGUGAGACCAGUUCCAUUGGAGGUGCACAUAGCCGGUUUCCCAGGCAAGCAUUACUGUCCACGUAUGGCCACAAUGAACAAGCCAACCUUUCAAGCAAUUCGUCAACAUGCUCCCGUUAGUCCUUCGCUGAUAUUCGUGUCAUCGCGACGACAGACACGACUGACGGCUCUCGACUUAAUCGCUUAUCUCGCCGCCGAGGACAAUCCCAAACAGUGGCUUCACAUGCCUGAAGAGGAGAUGGAUAACAUACUCGAUAACAUCAAGGACGUCAAUCUCAAACUCACACUGGCGUUUGGUAUUGGACUGCAUCAUGCUGGUUUAGAAGAAAGAGACCGACAGACUGUCGAGGAACUUUUUGUUAAUAAUAAAAUUCAGGUAUUGGUAGCAACAGCUACGCUAGCAUGGGGUGUGAACUUCCCAGCUCAUCUGGUGGUGAUCAAAGGUACCGAGUAUUACGACGGCAAAAGUAAGCGUUACGUGGAUAUGCCAAUAACAGACGUACUGCAGAUGAUGGGUCGAGCGGGGCGUCCGCAAUUCGAUGAUUCCGGUGUAGCUGUAGUUCUUGUGCACGAUAUCAAAAAAAAUUUUUAUAAGCAGUUCCUUUACGAACCAUUCCCCGUUGAGUCCAGUUUACUCGAGGUACUUCCGGAUCAUAUCAAUGCUGAGAUCGUUGCUGGUACGAUAAAGAGCAAGCAAGAAUUUUUGGAUUACCUUACCUGGACAUACUAUUUCCGUCGACUAAUGAAAAAUCCUAAAUACUAUAAUCUUGAGAGUAUGGAGCCGGAAGAAGUUAAUAGUUACCUGUCGAGGCUCGUUGAUGACACAUUGGUUGUGCUUAUCGAGUCUCAGUGUGUUUUCAAUGACGAGGAGCACCAAUGUAUAGGACCAUUGCCAUUAGGAAGGAUAGCGUCAUACUAUUAUUUAUCACAUCAGACUAUCGCAAUGUUCAAUGAGACCUUGUUGGAUGAUAUUUCAUUAGAAAAGUGUUUGAGGAUAAUGAGCAAUGCUCACGAAUACGAUGAGCUUCCUGUGAGACACAACGAAGAUUUAUUAAACGAAGAAUUAGCGAAAAUUUGUAAAUAUCCAGUGGAACGUUUGUCUUACGAUUCAUCAAACACAAAAACUUUUCUACUUUUACAAGCGCACUUCUCCAGACUGCCACUGCCGUGUGCUGAUUAUUAUACGGAUUUAAAAUCUGUGCUCGAUCAGUCAAUAAGAAUUCUACAGGCUAUGAUAGAUGUAGUGGCUGAGCGGGGAUUUCUUUCAUCGACUCUACGAGUAAUGCAGUUACUUCAAAUGGUUCUUCAAGCAAGAUGGAUCGACGAACCGGCUGUGCUCACUUUACCGUACGUAGAAAAGGAACAUUUACACUUGUUCUCGGAUUUUCCAAAGUGCCUGCCCUGGUUUUGCUCAGCUAUUGGCAAUAAUUACGGCCGAUUGUCCAAUGUCUUUUUACAAGAAUUUAUUGAUGACCAUGUUAGUAAAAUCCAUCAAGUUGCCAAAGACAUGCCAAUUCUAUGUAUCGAUCUAUGUAUACAAGGUAAUCUAAAAUCUGGCGGAGAUGAGAUGAAAAUCGAAAUAUCAUCCAAGGCAAGUGAAAAAUACAUCGAACUUCAACUUAAUGAAGAAUACACACUGAUCGUGGGAACAAAGCGGAAAAAUUACUCCCAAACACUCAAAGUGCACUGCCCAAAGUACCAUCGUACCAAAGAUGAAGGAUGGUUUUUAGUUCUCGGCGAUAUUCAGCGUCGUGAGUUAUGGGCGUUAAAACGUGUGUCCGGAAUCAAUGGGCCGCGAAAGACUCAUUACUUGCAGUUUAACACCCCGCCGAACUCAGGACGAAUGAAAUUGCAAUUUUACCUGAUGUCAGAUUCUUACAUGGGUUUAGACCAACAGUAUACUAUUCCAAUAAAUGUGAUAUCGUAGAUUUAUAUUAUUUUUUGUAAAAUUUUCAUAAACUAAUUGAUGG